UCCUGAGCUUUUAGUAUUUUGCAUACUUUUCUGCCGUAUGAACAACAGUAACUCUCCCUUCGGCUUUCAAAUUCUUCGUUCGCCUAAUCAAUCGAUGUCCGAGAAAAUCUGAGAAUUCGGGAACCGAAUUUAUUGCCCAGUUGGAAAAAAAAAGGGAAAAUCUUAGCCAGCGCCUUUCAGAUUCUAUAGUACGCAAAGAAAUUCUCGGAAUCUUCCUCCAACCCGAAAACCACGCUGCUUCGAAUUUGAUCGAAGUCGCGAUUUCGUGCUCGUGGGUUUUCUUUCAUGGAGAAACCCGUUUCACGUUUUCUCUGUUCUGGGCUUUUCUCGCAAGAACCGAUCACGGGUUUUUAGAGGGGGGGAUUUUUUUUUUUUUUUUUGCCUGUGUGGGGAGGAAAGCGAUUUUCUCGUGCUUUACUUGUUCGCUGGGAUCUGGCUGCGAUUGCUACGCGUGAUUAAUCCAGGUUCUUGGGUUCUCCAGGGUCACCGGUUCUUGAUUCUUGAAGUAUCCGCUUACAAGAAUCCGGUGAAGGAUAGUGUUGAGAUGGGAAUCUUUUCGCGCAGUUCGAUCAGUAGGAGGUCAAAAGACGGGAUGAAGCUUGUCGCAACGGCGUUUUUCGGAAUAGCUUUCGGGUUUUUCGUCGGAAUAUCUUUCCCGACGUUAUCCAUCACUAAGGUGAGUGUCCCCACAAGCUUUCUUCGUUCGGCCGAUCUUUCGUAUAUAGAGGAAAAAGGUUCGUCUAUCGCUACUCCAGCCGAUCAUAAAGCAUGGUCCUCGUCGAAGGGUAAUGACAGCAGAUCGUCGGCUUCAGAUUCCGUCGAUAAAUCACAGAUAUGGGUUCCUUCGAAUCCUCGAGGAGCUGAAAGGCUGCCUCCGGGCAUUGUUGCUGCUGAAUCAGAUUUCUACUUGCGCAGAUUAUGGGGAUUGCCUCAUGAGGAUUUGACGAGUAAGCCGAGGUAUCUCGUGACGUUUACUGUCGGGUAUGAUCAGAGGAACAAUAUCGAUGCGUGCAUUAAGAAGUUUUCGGAUAACUUCACGAUUGUACUGUUCCAUUACGAUGGACGGACGACGGAGUGGGACGAAUUCGAGUGGUCAAAACGAGCAAUUCACAUUAGCGUUAGGAAGCAAACGAAAUGGUGGUACGCAAAGAGGUUUUUGCACCCGGAUAUCAUAGCAGCGUAUGAUUAUAUAUUCGUCUGGGACGAAGAUCUUGGAGUCGAGCAUUUUAACGCCGAAGAAUACAUAAAAACGGUGAAGAAGCAUGGUUUAGAGAUUUCCCAGCCUGGCUUGGAGCCAAACAAGGGGCUAACAUGGCAGAUGACAAAGAGAAGAGGAGAUCUUGAAAUGCACAAGAUAACUGAGGAGAAACCCGGAUGGUGCUCGGAUCCGCAUCUUCCUCCAUGUGCCGCAUUUGUCGAGAUCAUGGCUCCAGUGUUUUCGAGAGAUGCAUGGCGAUGCGUGUGGCAUAUGAUUCAGAAUGACUUGGUUCAUGGAUGGGGCCUUGAUUUUGCACUCAGAAGAUGUGUAGAGCAGCCUGCGCAUGAGAAGAUAGGAGUAGUAGAUUCUCAAUGGAUCGUUCAUCAAACCGUUCCUUCCCUUGGCAACCAGGGAGAGGGACGAGACGGGAAAGCGCCAUGGCAAGGGGUUAGGGAAAGGUGCAAAAGAGAAUGGACGAUGUUUCAGAAUAGAAUGGCGAAUGCUGAAAAGGAUUACCUCAAAGCUCCGGAAGCCAAUUCCACUGCUCAAUAGGAGUUUCCGACAAUCACAUCACAAACCUUAGACGCUGCUGACUGUUUCGGAUUCGGGCAAGAGAUUCAGUUCUUUUUAGUGUCUUUACAUCUACAUAUAGAUCCGUCUGUAUAUGUUUUAUGUAGUUCUUACCCAUCCCUUGGCUCUGAACAUGAACAUCUUCCAUUGAAAUAAGAGGGUUAUGAAGAUUUUCCAUUGAA